AUGUCCAAAGGGGUGGCUUCCAGUGGAGUUGGAACUGCGGCAGCACCAGAGAGUUGUGGGGCAGGGCAAGCUGAAGACCUCUCUAAGGUGACUGAUGAGGAGCUGCUGAAAUGGAGCAAAGAAGAUCUCAUUCAUAGCCUUCGUAAAGCUGAGUCAGAGAAAGUGAGUGCCAUGCUGGAUCAUAGCAACCUCAUCCGGGAGGUCAACCGACGCCUGCAGCUCCACCUGGGCGAGAUCCGGGGGCUCAAGGAUAUCAAUCAGAAAUUGCAGGAAGACAACCAGGAGCUGCGAGACCUUUGUUGCUUCUUGGAUGAUGACCGGCAGAAAGGCAAAAAAGUAUCCCGUGAAUGGCAGAGGCUUGGCAGGUAUAGCGCUAGCAUGAUGCAUAAAGAGGUUGCCUUAUAUUUGCAAAAGCUGAAGGAACUGGAAGUAAGGCAGGAAGAAGUUGUGAAGGAAAACUUGGAACUGAAGGAGCUUUGUGUCUUAUUGGAUGAAGAAAAGGGUGGUGUUGCUGGCUGCCGAAAUUCAAUUGAUAGUCAAGCCAGUCUUUGCCAAUUAAAUGCCACAAGUACAUUCAUAAGGGAUGUUGGAGAUGGGAGUAGUACCUCCAGUACCGGGAGCACUGAUAGUCCUGAUCACCAUAAGCACCAUUCAAGCUCAAGUCCUGAGCACCUCCAAAAAACAAGGAGUGAGGGAAGUCCUGAGCAUCAAAAGCACCGGAGUGCUAGUCCUGACCACCUCCACAAACCUCGUAGUUCUGGAAGUCUUGACCAUCAGAAGCAUCUAAAAGGACCAAGUCCAGAACAUCAUAAAACCCUAACCAAAGGUACUUCAGAGCAGCAGAAGCACAGUUGUAGCAGUCCAGAAACACUGCCAAAGCAUAUGUUGAGCGGGAGCCCAGAACACUUUCAAAAGCAUAGGCCUGGGAGCAGUCCAGAACAUCAAAAGCACAGCAGCAGUGGAAGCCCUGAACUUCUUCAGAAGCAUGCUCUGAGUGGAAGCUCAGAACACCUCCAGAAAGUGAGGGGCACUAGUCCUGAGCAUCUGAAACAACAGCAUUAUGGGGGAAGUCCAGAGCACCUCAAACAUUUGGGCAAUGGAAGCAGAGAAGGCACCUUAAGGAGACAAGUUGCAGAUGAUCUGUCACCCCAUCAUAGGGGCCACUACAAUGGGAUGAAUGAAUCAACCUUGUCCUAUGUUAGGCAGCUGGAAGCAAGAGUAAGACAGCUGGAGGAGGAAAAUCGCAUGCUGCCCCAGGAUCCCAUUAGGAUGCCAUCAGAGGCAGAUGGGAAUGUCUGUUCUCCGAGCCAUCCAGCUAGCUUCAAUGAACAGGCCUCCUUAUCUUCUCAGCAGCCUGAAGCGAUGGUUAAUGCCCUCAAGGUUGUGUGGAGGAAACUUGGAGAUGCUGCAGGCUCGUGUCCUGGAAUUAGACAGCACUUGUCUGGAAGCCAAUACAAAGGGCCAAUGUGAAUGGCUAUCAAAAUGAAGAAGGAUUCCAAGUAUCAGUGGACUUCACAACAACCCUUUUAGUAGUAAUGAGACAAUGCCAAACACUUUCUAGGCCACCACUGGAAAAUAGAAGUCUUUUCUUUAUAGACUUUAGUGUGAGGUAUCCAGAUCUGCAACUAAUAUACACCAUUCUGCUUUUGCCACAAGCAUUUUCAAUGUAU